GGAAAGGUUGCCUUUGUUUAAAAAAACCUUUGUUUAAAAAUCAGAAUAUAUGUUAUGGUCUAAUCUUUGUUUAAGAAAAAGCUCUAAAACAUUGAAAGAAGUUUGGAAAGAUAUACUCCAAAUGGUUUUCUUUGGGUGGAGGAAUUAUUGGUGAUUAAAUAAAACACUUCCUUUUAAUCCAAACUUUCUGUAACAAGCAAUUUCAUUGUCAUAAUUAGAAAGACAUUUUCAUUUUGGGAAAAAGCACAGAAACAGGGACAUCAAUUUGGUACAAAUGCAGAUGGAUCACUUUAGAAACAGUUCAAAAUUGAAUAUUAAAAGGCCUUCUGUGGGCUUCCCUGGUGGUGCAGUGGUUGAGAGUCCGCCUGCCGAUGCAGGGGACACGGGUUCGUGCCCUGGUCCGGGAAGAUCCCACGUGCCGUGGAGCGGCUGGGCCCGUGAGCCAUGGCCGCUGAGCCUGCGCAUCCAGAGCCUGUGCUCCGCAAUGGGAGAGGCCACAACAGUGAGAGGCCCGGGUAUCGCAAAAAAAAAAAAAAAGGCCUUCUGUUUUGUUUUAAUAUAGUGUGAGGACUGGAACAGGUCAUAUCUACAGGGAGAUACAGCAGAUAUGGACUAAGUGAUUGCAGUGUUUCAGGGUAAACAUUAUAAAAAUAAACAAAUGAGGCAACUAAUGGAAUGUGAUAGACAGGAUGCCUGAGUAAUUACUAUAAAUGCUGUGCCCCUUUUCUGUCAGAGACCCAGGAAAGACUUUAACUUCUAGGUCUAUUAAUCUGGCUUCUGUCACUGGUCAGAGUUAGUGGCACUUUAUGUUCUAAAUCAUAAAUGCAUGAUUUGCCCUUGGUAUGCUCUAGCAAUUUUGUUCUCUUUCCAUCAAAGUUUGUUAUCUCAUUGAAAGAAUGUAAAAUGUAUGGAUUGGUGAUAUCACACAGGUGGGUGUCUACAGUCUUGAGAAUUUGACAUGCAGGUGGGAAUUUUACCAUGUGGGAAUUUACUUGAGUUCUUAGACUGCCAACAGGUCAGCCUCAGCCGUGGUCCCUAUAAAUAAAGUUCAGGAGUGACACUGAAUUCUGGACUCUUGGAAGAUCCUUGACUAUGCGAUUGAUCCUGUUUUUUGGUGUCCUUUGGGGGCAUAUCUACUGUGGAGAAACAUCUGUGGGAGACCAAGUUCUUGAGAUCACACCAAGGAAUGAAGAACAAAUAAAAACUCUGGUGGAAUUGGAGGCUGAAGAACAUCUUCAGAUAUCUCUUGAUUUCUGGAAAUCACCCACCAUCCCAGGAGACACAAUCCAUGUCUGAGUUCCCUUUGUCAGCAUCCAGGCAGUCAGUUUCCUUAAAUCCGAGGGAAUUGCUUAUUCCAUUGUGAUUGAAGAUGUUCAAGUUCUCUUGGACAAGGAGAAUGAAGAAAUAUUACUCAGAGAAGAGAACAGAAUGUUAACUUCAACUUUGAGGCUUAUCUAUACCUUGGAAGAGAUUUCCUGAGAAAUGGAUAACCUCGUUGCUGAGCACCCUGGUCUAGUGAGCAAAAUGAACAUUGUCUAUUCUUUCAAAAACCGGCCCAUGAACGAGCUCAAGUUCAGCACGGGAGGAGACAAGCUGGCUAUCUGGCUAGAGGCUGGGAUCCAUGCCGGUGAGUAGGUUACACAAGCUACUGCACUGUGAACUGCAAAUAAGAUUGCCUCUGAUUAUGGAAAUGACCCAUCCAUCACUUUAUUGGAUAUGAUGGACAUCUUCCUGCUCUCUGAUGGCUAAGUGUUCUCUCAAACAAAGAAUCGUAUGUGGCAGAAGACCCAGUUCAAGGUAUCUGGAAGCCUCAGUGUUGGUGUUGAUCCUAACCGGAACUGGGAUGUGGGUUUUGGAGGACCUGGAGCCAGCAACAACCCUUGCUCUGACUCAUACCAUAGACCCAGUGCCAACUCUGAAGUUGAAGUGAAAUCCAUAGUGGACUUUACCAAGAGUCCUGGAAAAGUCACGGCCUUCAUUACCUUCCACAGCUAUUCCCAGCUGCUGAUGUUCCCCUAUGGGUAUACAUGUGCCGAGUCACAUAAAUUUGAUGAGCUGUCAGAUGUGGCCCAAAAGGCUGCCCAGUCUCUGACAAGCCUGCACAGCACCAAGUACAAAAUGGGACCUGUCUGCUCAGUCAUCUACCAAGCCAGUGGAGGAAGCAUUGACUGGUCCUAUGACUCUGGAAUCAAAUAAUCAUUUGAAUUUGAACUGGGAGACACAGAUCGAUAUGAGUUCCUUCUGCUGGCCAAUCAGAUCUUACCCACAGUGAAAGAGACCUGGUUUGGCUUGAAGACAGUCAUGGAGCAUGUGUGAGACCACCCCUAUUAA